ACACACACUCAAACGCUCACUCUCUCUCUCUCUCUCUCACACACACAUACACAUGACAGGCCUUUUGGCUAACCCGUGUAGCUAGUGUUUUCAGCACGUUGUCUGAACCAUGUUUGUUGCGCGCAGUAUCGCAGCAGAUCACAAAGAUCUAAUCCACGAUGUGUCUUACGAUUUCCACGGCCGGAGAAUGGCAACCUGUUCCAGUGACCAGAGUGUCAAGGUUUGGGACAAAAGUGAAAAUGGAGAGUGGCACUGCACAGCCAGUUGGAAGACACACAGCGGAUCAGUAUGGAGAGUGACCUGGGCUCAUCCGGAAUUUGGGCAGGUUCUUGCUUCCUGCUCCUUUGACAGGACAGCUGCUGUCUGGGAAGAGAUUGUUGGGGAGUCCAACGACAAACAGAGAGGACUGAGCCACUGGAUAAAGAGAACCACUCUGGUGGACAGUAGAACCUCAGUGACGGAUGUGAAGUUUGCCCCUAAACACAUGGGACUCAUGUUGACCACCUGCUCUGCGGACGGAGUGGUGAGGAUUUACGAGGCUCCUGAUGUGAUGAACCUGAGUCAGUGGUCUCUGCAGCACGAGAUCUCCUGCAAGCUCAGCUGCAGCUGCAUCUCCUGGAAUCCCUCCAGCUCUCGAGCGCACCCACCAAUGUUUGCAGUUGGAAGUGACGACAGCAACGUGUCAUACGGUGGGAAAGUUCAGGUCUAUGAAUACAAUGAAAACACAAGGAAAUAUGCUAAAGCCGAGACACUGAUGACGGUCACUGAUGCAGUUCAUGAUAUUGCAUUUGCUCCAAACCUGGGAAGAUCUUUCCAUGUCCUCGCCAUUGCAACAAAAGAUGUCCGAAUCUUUAAGCUUGUUCCUAUGAGGAAGGACAGCACCUCCACAGGACCCACUAAGUUUGAGGUGCAGAUUAUGGCUCAGUUUGACAACCACAACUCCCAGGUCUGGCGUGUGAGCUGGAACAUCACCAGCACGUUGUUGGCGUCUUCUGGGGAUGAUGGAUGUGUGCGUCUCUGGAAAGCAAACUACAUGGACAACUGGAAGUGUACCGGCAUUCUGAAGGGAGACGGCAGCCCACUCACCAGCUCCUCAGGUCAGCCCACGGCCAUGAGCACCGUGGUGGGCUCGUCUGUUCAGACACCGCAGAAUUCAGUGAACGGGAUGUCUGCAGGAAGGAUUGGCAAGAGAGCUCCCUUUGCUCCUCCCCUGCGGCAGCUGAAUUCUCCAAAGAUAUACCAGCAUCCCGCACAUUACUAAUGUCCCUCCUGCAUCAGCUAUCGUUUGCCCGUGUGGUAAUGCAUUUAAAAUGUGCGUCUGUCAUGUCAUAGCUGAGAACGUGGGUGUCACCGGCUUGAGAUCUUUACUUCAGCACCAGGACUGCAGCAUUGUUUGUUCACAGCUUCAGCAGAGCUGCCAGUGGGUUCAGCUGAUUGAUUAUACCCCUUUAAUAAAAAAAUAAACACCUAGAGCACAAAAG